AUGGCAUCGUCUUCAACGAAGUAUGAGGUGGAGAAGUUUAACGGAGGAUCGAGUUUCAGUCUGUGGAAGAUUAAAAUAAAAUCUUCCUUGAUUCUGCAAGGUUUGUGGAAGGCAGUUGAGAAUAACUUUCUAGAGGGUAUGAAGGAGGCGGACAAGGCCAAUCUGAAGGAGAGAGCCUUGAGUGCGAUUUUCAUGAGCGUCACUGAUAAUGUUCUGCGAGAGAUUGCUAGUGAAAAAUUGGUACCUGAAGCGUGGAAGAAAUUGGAGGAGCUGUAUUCUGCCAAAUCGCUGACAAAUCGUCUCUAUCUGAAGAAAAGACUGUACAAUCUUAGAAUGAAUGAAGGUAUGCCUAUUAAAGAACAUCUGGAUGAAUUUAAUUCAAUCAUUAUGGACCUGAAGAAUAUAGAUAUUGAUAUUGAUAGUGAGGAUCAGGCUUUGAUUGUGUUAUGUUUGUUGCCACCCUCAUAUAAGACUUUUGUAGAUACUCUAUUUAACUUCAGUGGCAAGUUUGGCCGUGUUGGCCUGCAGGCUUACAUUGUCUACAAGUGUAUCAAGAAGCACACAAGACAGACAUCAACAAAUUCUAAUGCUAGCGUAAGCGCAGCAGCGACAUCACAACCUUUUGUUACAGUGCCAUAUUCGCAGAUCGAGAGAACAACGGUGGAGAAUUUUCUCAACGACAUUGCUAGAGAGACCAUCAGGUUUUCACCUCAAGAUAUAGCAGACUUCAUCCAUAAUUACACCAAAAAGUUGGGUUCGGGCGGCUUUGGAGUAGUUUACAAGGGAGAACUCCCUAACGGCGUGCCUGUGGCUGUUGAGGUCCUUACGGAAAGCUUGAAUAAGAGAGUUGAAGAGCAGUUCAUGGCUGAAGUGGGGACAAUUGGGAGAACAUAUCACGUCAAUCUGGUGACGCUCUAUGGCUUCUGCUUCCAUGCCACAGUGAGAGCUCUCGUCUACGAGUACAUGGAGAAUGGUUCUCUUGACAACUACUUGUUCCAGAAAGAUCUCAAGAUCGAAUGGGGGACACUGCAUAAGAUUGCAAUUGGAACAGCUAAAGGAAUCCGAUACCUGCAUGAGGAAUGCCAGCAGAAGAUAAUUCACUAUGACAUAAAGCCGGCAAACAUCCUUCUGGAUGCAGACUUCAGUCCAAAGGUAGCCGACUUUGGCCUAGCUAGAGGAAGAGAGACGCUAGGCUAUGCUGCACCCGAGAUGCGGAAGCCUCAAGCCACAUGCAAGUGCGACGUUUAUAGUUUCGGCAUGCUGUUGUUUGAUAUAGUUGGGAGGAGGAGGAAUCUCGACAUCACCCAGCUAGAAGAAAGCCAGGAAUUGUUCCCCAGAUGGGUCUGGGAGAAAUUUGAGAAUGCGCAGCUAGGGGUGGUGGCAUCAGUUUGUGGAAUAAGGGAAGAGGACAGAGAGAUGGCAGAGAGAACGUGUAAGGUGGCUUUGUGGUGUGCUCAGUAUCAGCCAGAAGGAAGGCCUCCUAUGAGCAAGGUGGUCAAGAUGCUGGAGGGGGAGACGGAAAUCGCCCCACCAUUGAAUCCAUUCCAGCAUUUGCUCACAUAUCAGAUAGCUAUUGCUAACUGGAGUGACGGCAGCUCGGGCUCAACGGCAACUGCAGAAACAAGUGAUGAAAGUCCGAAUGAAUAUUCCACGCCUCCGUCGAGGAUGUACGACAUAGAGGUGGAUCUUGAGGAUAACAGGAGGCUGAGGAAUGGAGAAAUAAUCCUACGUAUUGGGAACAGAGCAAAAGUUACUGCUGUGGCCAUGAAAACUUACCCUCUACGAUUACCAUCAAAAACAUUUUAUUUUUGA